AUGUCGGUUGCAGGGUGCGGCGGCAACCCGGACGCCAAGCGGCUGUACGACGACCUGCUGAGCAACUACAACAAGCUGGUGCGGCCCGUGCUCAACGUGAGCGACGCGCUCACCGUGCGCAUCAAGCUCAAGCUCAGCCAGCUCAUCGACGUGAACCUCAAAAAUCAAAUUAUGACGACCAAUUUAUGGGUGGAACAGAGUUGGUACGACUACAAGCUGUCGUGGGAGCCGCGCGAGUACGGCGGCGUGGAGAUGCUGCACGUGCCCUCCGACCACAUCUGGCGGCCCGACAUCGUGCUCUACAACAACGCCGACGGAAACUUCGAGGUGACGCUGGCGACGAAGGCGACGCUCAACUACACGGGCCGCGUGGAGUGGCGCCCGCCGGCCAUCUACAAGUCCUCCUGCGAGAUCGACGUCGAGUACUUCCCCUUCGACCAGCAGACGUGUGUCAUGAAGUUUGGAUCGUGGACAUACGAUGGUUUUCAGGUGGACCUGCGGCACAUCGACGAGGCGCGCGGCACCAACGUGGUGGAGCUGGGCGUGGACCUGUCCGAGUUCUACACCUCUGUGGAGUGGGACAUCCUCGAGGUGCCCGCCGUCAGAAACGAGAAAUUUUACACGUGCUGUGACGAGCCGUACCUGGACAUCACGUUCAACAUCACAAUGCGGCGCAAGACUCUGUUCUACACUGUAAACCUGAUCAUCCCCUGCAUGGGCAUCUCCUUCCUCACCGUGCUCGUGUUCUACCUGCCCUCCGACAGCGGCGAGAAGGUGUCGCUGUCCAUCUCGAUCCUGCUGUCGCUGACCGUGUUCUUCCUGCUGCUGGCGGAGAUCAUCCCGCCCACCUCGCUGGUGGUGCCGCUGCUCGGCAAGUUCGUGCUCUUCACCAUGAUCCUCGACACAUUCAGUAUAUGCGUGACGGUGGUGGUGUUGAACGUGCACUUCCGGUCUCCGCAAACGCACACGAUGGCGCCGUGGGUGCGGCGAGUGUUCAUCCACGUGCUCCCGCGCCUGCUGGUGAUGCGGCGCCCGCACUACCGCCCCGACCCGCACCACAGCCGCUUCGCGGGGCUGGUGGCCAGCGAGGCGCUGCAGUGGGACGAGGGCGCGCGCUGGGCGUGCGGCGCCGAGUGCGUGGGGGGCGCGGCGGGCGCGGGGGGCGCGGCCGAGCCGGCCUGCCGCCUGCACGAGCCCGCCGCGCUGUGCGACGCGCUGCGCCGCUGGCACCGCUGCCCCGAGCUGCACAAGGCCAUCGACGGCAUCAACUACAUCGCCGACCAGACGCGCAAGGAGGAGGAGUCCACGAGGGUGAAGGAGGACUGGAAGUACGUGGCGAUGGUGCUCGACCGACUGUUCCUGUGGAUCUUCACGCUGGCCGUGGUGGUGGGGUCGGCCGGCAUCAUCCUGCAGGCGCCGACGCUGUACGACGAGCGCGCGCCCAUCGACGUGCGCCUGUCGGAGAUCGCGUACGCGACGGCCAAGCCGCGCCCGCCGCCGCCGCCGCCGCCGCGCUGACCGCGCGACACUCCGUGCACUGCCCGUGUGAAUGUGACCCGAAACAGUGUUCAACUAUUUUAUUUCUCGGCUCGGACCGAAUGACAAAGUAUGUAUAUCAUAGACUCGACGAAGAUUGGUAAACUUGGACUGGAACAAAAAAUGUUUACGCGGAGAGGCCGCUGCGAUAAUAAUAAUAUACUGUAUUUUUACUGUCAUCGAAGCCGGGAAUCCGGUAAAAAGUCCGCCACAUUGCAUAUUAUUAUAAUAUUGUAAAUAUAAAAUUAUAUUGAUUAUAGUUUAUACGACGAAAUGACGUGAUCGAAAAUGAGUCGAAUUUCUUUUGAUAGAUACGAAAUAAAACGAUUGUUUAUA